AUGGACUCCGGAGACGCCGCCCGCCUCGCCUUGGCAGCAUGCGGCAUCGUCUCUGUCCUCUCCAUCGCCUACCUCGUCCGCAUCAACGUGAUCCUGAAGGGCACGCCAAUUGAGGCUAAGGGAAUCGUGACGCCGUGGACAAAGGAGCUGCGGCGCAAGGUCUACAAGGAGCUCGAGAACAACCCGGUGGACUGGACUGCUGACCUGCCGCCCAAGCUGGACCGGAGAUACAUCAUCACAGGAGGCAAUGGUCUCGUUGGUGGAUAUAUCGUCCUCCAGCUCCUGGCCAGAGGCACAUCGCCCGAGAGCAUCCGUAUCCUGGACAUUCGUGAGACGGAGCGCAGUGACAUGGCCAUCGGACCGGCUGCUCAGGUUGAAUUCAUCAAGACGGACAUCACCUCCCCUGAAUCGAUUGACGCCGCCUUCAGCAAGCCGUGGAGCAAGUCCGUGGCUCACCUGCCGCUCACCGUCUUCCACACUGCUGCCGUCAUUGUUAUUUCGGAGAGGAUAAAGCUCUUCUACCGACUCCCGGAGGCCGUCAAUAUCCACGGCACCAGGAUCGUCCUCGAUGCUGCGCGCAAGGCCGGCGCCGACAUCUUCUCUGCCACUUCGUCCAGCUCCAUCGCCAUCCGCCCCAUCAGCGCCUGGGAUUCGUGGUGGCGUUCUGAGCCGAGAGACUACAUCCAGUUCAUAGACGAGAGCGAUUUCGACAAACCCAUCCGCGCCCACGAGGAGUUCUUCGGAAACUAUGCCGUCUCCAAGGCAGCCGCCGAGAGGAUCGUCUGCAGCGAGAACGAGCCGUCCUUCCGCACGGGCUGCAUCCGUCCAGCCAAUGCAGUCUACGGUCAGCAGGGGGACGCCUGCUUUGGUAGGCUGUUGAGUCUUCCCGUGAUUCCGACGUACGUUUCCCAGCGCCUGGCAUACCUGCUCACCAGGCCAAAUUUCGUCCACGGAGCCAACGUAGCCGAAGGUCACCUUCGUCAAGAAGCCGUGCUCGCUAGGAAGGGCGACUGCCCACAGGCCGGCAGACCAUUCAUCGUAACCGAUCCCAACCCCCCAAUCACCUUCGCCGAUCUGUACGGGACCAUCACCACGCUCUCAGUCCAUCCUACAGAGCUCCAGUUUAUACAACCAAUAAUCAUCCUGGUGCUAUCUCACAUACUUGAGUGGUAUAGCCAGCUCCCCUACCGCCUCCCCUUCCUGAAGCCCAUCCUCCCCGAGAUGAAGGGCGACCUCAAGACGCUCCGGCCGGGUCUGUUCUCCGUCUGCACGCACGUGAUUGCGUCGGAUGCCAGGGCCAGGAAGCCCGUGGCCGAGGGGGGUCUCGGAUACCGCGGGACGUUUACAACCCUGCAGGGCAUGGUCACGGAGGUCAUUGAGUGGAACCAGGAGCACUCGGACAAGGAGAAGGAGAGGAGGGUGUACUCGACGUCCAUGCUGCUGGCGGAGAAGCUGGAGAAGGUGCAUGGGUCUUGA